AACCUGCAUUAAUGACGACAGUGGGGCUUCCGGCCUUAGUCAAACGGGUUGGCACGUAUGGUCGGGUUGCGAUUUUGGUGCUUUCGUGUGUCUUGUGAAUAGUAUGCCAUACAGACCCGUUUGCCACUGAACCUGCAUUAACGAUGACAGUGGGGCUCCCGGCCUUAGUCAAACGGGUUGGCACGUAUGGUCGGGUUGCGAUUUUGGCGCUUUCAUGUGUCUUGUGAAUAGUAUGCCAUACAGACCCGUUUGCCACUGAACCUGCAUUAACAACGACAGUGGGGCCUCCAGCCUUAGUCAAACGGGUUGACACGUAUGGUCAGGUUGCGAUGUUGGCGUUUUCUCGUGGUCUUGUAAAUAGUAUGCAAUAUAGACCCGUUUGCCACUGAACCUGCAUUAACGACGACAGUGGAGUUACAGGCCUUAGUCAAACGGGUCAACAGGUUUCAUUUUCUCUUAAAGAUCGGAAGGUGACCCUUAGUUACCAUAUAUACCGUCGCAGUGGGCCCCCAAUUUGCAAAAUCCUCAACUGUGAAUAAUAUAAUUAUGCCCCAAUAGUUAGUCUGUCUGAAAAUAAGCUGAUUAAACCACAUCACUGUGUGACACUUGCAUUACAUGUGAACGGCCCCUACGCUAAUUUGAUUUUGUUUUUCUCUCCCUGUCUCGUCCUCGACCCCGAGGACAAUGGGACAAACAGACCCAGUUCCGGUAGAUGUGAAAGUCGGCACACCUCUGAUCUACUGGUCGUCCUUCAACGUGAUGCCCAGCUGAUGCCUGACCAACGAUCACCGGCAGAACCCGCUUAAUCUCCUUAUCCGUUUAUAUGUGUGUAUAUACAUAUAUAUCUCCCAAGGGUUUUUCCCUCCUAGGACUUUUUUUUAUUUCCUCGGCUAAACAGCCCGGGCUUUUUUUUCUCCUAGGGGUUUUUUACCCCGGGGAGGCAGCCUUCUUGGGCAUAACUUAGCUUCCUCUUCUAGACGUUACAUUAGUAAUACGCUCACUUAUAAUGUCGAGUCAUAGCCGCAGCAAAUUUGACUGCUUAUGCUGUCAUGUAUUAUGUUGUGCUAUCUGUCAUUUUUCUGUGUUCUUACUGCUUCUAUUAAUGUAAAGCUGCUUUGAAACAAUUAAGUAUUGUGAAAAGCGCUAUAUAAAUAAAAUUGAAUUGAAUUGAAUUAAAUGUGGAGGUUGCCAGUGUGGAAAUUGCAUUUGAAAGAUGAACACAGCAAGGAUCCACAUUGGCACUCUAAAUAUCCUUGAUAGAGGACCCAAUUUCUUUGCCAAAUAACAAAGCUGCAGUUGAAGCUACAUUCUUAAGGAUGGAGAAACAGCUGGCUAAAGAACCUGAAUGGAAAGCUGCCUAUAGUGCUCAAGUACAGGACAUGCUAGAGAGAGGGGCUGCAGUUAAGUUAUCAACAGAGACAAUUACUAACUGCAGCGGACCUGUGUGGUACGUUAGUCAUCUCAUUGCUCCCAAUCCUCAUUCAGUCACAACUCCAGUGAGACUUGUUUGGAAUAGGAGUCAAAGAUUCAGAGGCAUAAGCAUGAAUGAUUUGCGGAUUAAAGGCCCAGAUUUCCUAAACCAGAUAUGUGGUGUUUUGUUAAAAUUUAGAAGUGGAGUUUAUGCUGCAUUAGGAGACAUCAAGAAAAUGUACAAUUCAGUUUGGUUGGAGAAUUGUGAAAUGCAUCUCCAUAGAUGUCUUUGGUGAAACUUUGAAGACGAGGAGUGGGAGACAUAUGCAAUUACAAGAGUCAACAUUGGUGACAAGCCAGCAGGUUGUAUCGCACAGCUUGCAAUUGUAAAACUGCCAACUUACCAUCUUUUGUUCACCUUGAAGAAGAACGGAGAGUGCUUCAGCAAGACAUGUAUGUUGAUGACAUUCUCACAUCUCACAAUUAUCUACACAAAUUGAAAGCCAUUGUAGCAAAUGUGGAGUUGAUUUUGAAAUUCAUCCUUUUUUAGGUCAUAGUGGGAGGAAGGAGUUUGAAGAUAAACUCACUGAAGAUAAAGGAAGGGUUAUGGUAUUACAAAAUCAAAUGCAGGAUAGUAACAAUAAAGCUCUUGGAUUGGGUUAAGUUGUAGAGGAGAAAAAGCUUCAUGUAAUGACAGCAAUCAAUUUUUCAAAGAAGAAAAAGAAAAUGAGACUUGGUUGAAAUCUCUCACAAAAACAAAUAAGAGCUCAAACACCAAAUCCACUUAACGAAGAGAGUUAUUGAGUCAAGUAUUGGGAAUGUACGAUCCAAUUGGUCUAGUUACUCCAGCCAAACAGAAGGGGGCGAUUCUAGUUCGAAGAGCUUUCCAAGAGGUAAAGGAUAGAAAGGUUCCAGUAAGUGAAACUUGGUAUACUGCACUCUCAGAAGAUCUUAGAAAAGAUUCGAUCAGGCUCUUUGAGGAGUAUGUUCAGCUUAGUAAAGUUAAAUUUACCAGAGCCAUAACCCCUCAGAACUUCAUUGAUGGAAGUGAAAAUGCUUAUGGUGCGGUAAUGUACCUUAGGUGGAACUCUAAAGAAGGUGCAGUCAUUAGACUGGAGGAGUCCAAAGCUAAGCUAACUCCAUUAGAUCACAAGGGAGAUGCUGUUAAAGCAGAGAUGUGUACAGCUGUAUUUGCCUCACGGCUACGAAAGUACUUUGAGCAGCACAGUCCAAUUCAAGUUAAAGGAUGGUAUCACUUGGUUGAUAGCCAAACUGUUCUUGGAGCUAUACAGCGAGAGAGCUAUGGAUAUAAAACAUUCUUUGCUAACAGCAUUGGAGAAAUUCAAGGGAGUACAAAAGCACAAGAGUGGUGGUGGAUACCAGGUGCACAAAAUGUAGCUGAUGUGAUCACUAAAGGAGCAUGCCCUCAAGAUCUUGAUGAGAGCUCAGAUUGGCAAAAUGGGCCAAAGUUCCUGAGUCUGUCAGUGGAGGAGUGGCCGAUUAAGUCAGCCAAGGAUUUAGCAGCUACAGCACAAGAGAAUAUCAACAGGCUUCAAAAGAAGGCAUUUGUGGCUGCUUUAACAAGGCCCAAAGUUAAGCAACAAGAACCAGAUAAAAGAUUGUGGCGUAAAGAAGAUUUUGAUGAAACCCAAGUAAAGUUAAGAAGACGACCAGGAAGGUUAGUUGUACAAAAAGUGUGCAAAAUGGAGCAAUUUAGUAAGCUAACUCGACUAGUUAAAACUGUUGCAUGGAUUUGGAGAGCAGCAAAAAGUUUCCCUGGUAAAACUCAGACCCUAAUCCACGUGGAGCUGGCUAAUACUCAAUCAACUGAAAGUUUCUUAAUGGCUUUUCAGAGAUUUGCAGCAGUAAGGGGCUAUCCCAAGAAAAUGUAUUCAGAUCCAGGCACCAAUUUUAUUAAUGCAAAGGCAGUUUUGCAGGAGCUGUAUAAAUUUCUGGAGAGCAUUGAUAGGGCAGCUCUAGAGGAGACUGCCACGAAGAAUGGAGCUGAAUGGAUGUGAAACCUCACAUCACAGAUUCUCCACAUAAGAACGGAGCAGCAGAGGCUUCUGUGCACAUAACCAUGAAGGCGCUUCAGAACUGUGGAAAAGAGUUUUCCCUUACUUAUAGUGAAUUUCAAAUGGUUCCUCCUAACCUAAGAACAACCAAUUGAACGACCAAUUGAUGCCAGAGCACAAGUCCAAGAAGACUGCAUUCAAUAUGUAACUCCCAACGCAUUGUUGUUAGGUAGAGCAUCUCUUAUUGGUGAUGUGAAGACAUUUGACCUUUGUACCUACCCUUUCAAGCGUCUCCAAGCAAUGCAGGUAGAAGUAGAGAAAUUUUGGACAUACUGGAGCCAACUUGCAUGUCCUAAUUUAUUUAUAAGGAAAGAGUGGCAAACAAUACACAGAAAUGUUGCUGUUGGGGAUAUCGUCUGGAUUGCUGAUCAAAAUGCACUUAGGGGGCAAUUUAAGAUUGGCAGAGUAAUCUGUGUCAACCCAGACAACAAAGGCAUAGUGAGAGAUGUCAAUGUUCAAACCUACCCCAGUUACCCUGUUCCUAUCACAAAGCCAGUAAGAGUGAAACCAAACCAUCCUUCAUUUAAGAAACCUAUGGAGAAAAUCCCAAGCACAGUUCUUCAUAGAGACGUUCGACGUCUAGUGGUCCUCCUUCCAGUUGAGCAGGAAAUUCUAGGAAGCAGUUUGUCUUCAUGAUUUUACGAUCUCCUCUUAUUCUAGAAAAUCGACUGGGAGGUGUUAAGUCAAACUGGAAGAAAGAUUGAAUAUUCUAGUCCACUAGAGGGCAGCACUGUGUUACUGCUGUUGAGCAAAUAAUGGGUGAAGAACAAAGCUUCUUUGUCAAUUGAAGGAAGAAUCAAUGGCCGUUUCUCAAUGUCAAGGAAGGAUCCUCGGAAGCCAGAAUUUCGAGGAUGCUACGUCAUCGACAUCCUUCGAAGGACUGUUCCAAUGUCAUUCGAGAAAUAUCCCAUAUACAGGAAAGGAUGCAUAUGCGUAUCCUUCGCGCUCUUCACGUGCUAAAAUCACCCACAAUCCUAUGCACGCAGCACCGAAAGCACACCUUUCAUUAACACAAUGACGUGCACUUGCUAGCCUGUUCCAUUCAACGUGUUCUCCGAAUGCUUAAGAGGAGCCUCGUCUAGCCUCUGAAGGAAGUGACUUGUAAGGACUAGUCCUGCCAAGGAAGUAUCCUUGACAUUGAGAAACGGCCAAUGUGAGUUUGGUGUGCACAGAUUAAGGUCAAAAGACCUGGAAAAUACCAUCAAAUUGUGGAGAGGCAGCCGGUAAACAUUUAAUACUUUUCUUAAAUGGAUUGAUUAGUAUUGAUGUAUUGAUUGUUUGAUAAUUAAUGAAAUUUCAUCCUGUUUUGAUGAAGUAUAAAGACCGGUAUCUUUUGUGUAAUAUAUAUUUCAUGUGCUACUUCAAUGAAUGAGGUAAUGUUUCAGCUAAUCAAUUUAAUGUGGAAAAACAUAUUUAUGUAGUGUGCUCAAAAAGAUGAGGACUGUUGUAUUGUUUGUGAUGCUAGCAGUUAACAUUUGAUAAGAUUUGUGGAAAAUUGAAACAUGUCUAUUUGUAUUUGUCAUUUAUGAGAACUGUGUAUUUGUAUUUGUCUUUCUGAAGGUUUUUCACCUCAAUAAAGAGUGGAAUCCAGAUAAAAAAUCUCCUUUGAUGGUUAUUCCCUUUCAAGCAGGGAAAGUAUGCAAAAACAAAACAUAGCUUGACAAGCAUAUUGCAGUUGAUGGAGAAUUGUGGGAUGCACAUCCAGGGCACGAAGCUCCCAUUCCAUCACAUCCCAAAGAUGCUUUAUUGGGUUGAGAUCUGGUAACUGUGGGGGCCAUUUUAGUACAGUGAACUCAUUUUCAUGUUCAAGAAACUUGAAAUGAUUCGAGCUUUGUGACAUGGUGCAUUAUCCUGCUGGAAGUAGCCAUCAGAGGAUGGGUACAUGGUGGUCAUAAAGGGAUGGACAUGGUCAGAAACAAAGCUCAGGUAGGCUGUGGCAUUUAAACAAUGCCCAAUUGGCACUAAGGGGCCAAAAGUGUGCCAAGAAAACAUCUCCCACACCAUUACACCACCAGCCUGCACACUGGUAACAAGGCAUGAUGGAUCCAUGUUCUGUUUUUUAUGCCAAAUUCUGACUCUACCAUAUGAAUGUCUCAACAAAAACCGAGACUCAUCAGACCAGGCCACAUUUUUCCAGUCUUCAACUGUCCAUAUUUUGGUGAGCUCGUGCAAAUUGUAGCCUCUUUUUUGUAUUUGUAGUGGAGAUGAGUGGUAGCUGGUGGGGUCGGCCCAUACUCCUCUGACCUAUAGCAUCAACAAGGCAUUUUCGCCCACAGGACUUCUGCAUACUGGACUGAGCAGAUUGUGAAAUACUCAGACUGGUCCGUAUGGCACCAACAACCAUGCCACGCUCAAAAAAUGCUUAAAUCCCUUUUCUUUCCCAUUCUGACAUUCAGUUUGGAGUUCAGGAGAUUGUCUUGACCAGGACCAUGCCCCUAAAUGCAUAGAAGCAACUGCCAUGUGAUUGGUUGAUUAGAUAAUUGCAUUAAUGAGAAAUUAAAAUCCUUUAGGUGAGUGUAUAUGUAUGUACCUUUCAAGGUAUGUGCAAGCAAAUACACUAUGAACUGAACUAGUUCAUGUAGAAAGUGAACUUUCCCAACACUGCCGAUUGCAAGAGAAGGUGUUGUGUCAGAUAUGCGAAAGAGAUUAAGUGCAAUCUACUAGUCAACCGAAGUUUUACGGUUUUGCAAGAGAUAGUGUUGUGCCACAUAUUCAAAAAGGGGAAGUGCAAUGAGGGGUUGAAUGCAGAAAAAGAGGAAGUGGAAAUGCAAGUAUUGGGUCAGAAAAGUUGUGCCAUAUGACCAAAGAGAUGAAAUGCAGGUGAAGGUUUACAGAAGGAAAAAGGCAAAGAGAAGAAGGAGGAGCAAAAGAGAAAAUGGAGAAAUCGCUCACAUGAGUCAAGAAGAGUUGAUCAGAACUACAACAGUAAUGAUUAAAAUUAUUAAGGAUCAAGAACGGACAAGUACGAUGUUAAUUAAAUUUAUACGGGAAAUGGAAAGGGCAGCAACCGAACCCGAUAGGGGGACAAAUUUGAGAAAUAUGAUGGACAAGGUUGAAUCUUUAAUAAUUUAAGGAUUCAGAGCCGUCCAACUAUGUGUGAUUAUUUAUGUGUUUUGUAACCUGUGUCACAAUGUCAGGGUUUUGGUUUCAUUUAAUUUGUUUUUAUCAUUGUUCAUCAAUACUCUUUGUGUUUGUUAACUUUUAUUAGUCACACCUGUGUUUAGUUAAUCACUCAUCAUUAGAUACAGCUGUUUGUCAUUAUCAUUUACCCUUUAUAGUCUGUCCUAAUGUGCCUGUCCUUUAUCUGAUCUCGUUUGUAUGUAUCCUUGUCAUCGUGUUUGCCUUCUUUCAUGAUUAAAGUCCUGUAAGUUUUAUAAUCCUGCCUAUUUGUCAUCAUUUAUGUUAGAGAACUGUGACAGAAAAUCAGACCAAACGUUUGUGGCGUGUAAGUGUUCUCUGUGUUUCAAGCUAGAGUUUUUUGUUUUUCGAAAAAUCAUUUUCGUUUUAGUUAAUAUUAUGGAUUUCUCGUGUAAACCAUCACUUGGUUUGGAGCAGGGAGACUGUCCGAUCACUUCGGACGAUCCAACGGACCUUCAUCACCCCCAGAGACCAGACGGUACUCACCCUACCCAGAACUCCUGCCCACCACAGGUGGAGAACCCGGCAGCGCGACCUGAGAGCCAGAGCUACCUUCAGAGCCCAGGUCGCCAAAACCCUGGAUGUUCCCCCUGACCAGGUUGCGUGAACAGAGUUUCCGGUGUUUUGCCGCGGGAUCUGCUAGUUACAUCAUGGAGGACGUCCAUCUCCCCAUCGCUGAGGGUGAGCCAAUAACGGUCCCUGGCGUUUUCAACAUCUGCUCGGAUUGUGCUUUGGACUUUUACCACCCCUUGUUGUCACCGCUGGUUCCGUCCAGCCCACCCCUCAUUAGUCGCUGUUGGAUAGCACUGCCGGUCCCGUCCGGUCUCCCUUUCCGCUCUCUUUUACCAGCCAAUCCAAAGCUACAUCAGUGGACACAGCAACACACCCCUGCUCAUCCUCAGCGCGUCACCGGCGCUGGUUCGUCGGAGCCAAGGUGUGCCUCUCUGCUCACUGUCUCGGGGGUUUCUCCAGUUCUCCUCCCCUGCUCCCAGAGACCUAGAGGUCACCUUGGCCCGUUGGACCAGCGACCUUGCUUUGGGUCUCUCCUCAUAGUCUGCCCUAAUGUGCCUGUCCUUUGUCUGGUCUCGUCUGUAUGUAUCCUUGUUAUCGUGUUUGCUGUCUUUCGUGAUUAAAGUCCUGUAAGUUUUAUAAUCCUGCCUAUUUGUCAUCAUUUAUGUUAGAAAACUGUGACAUACGCAGGUCUCGCGUGCAUGCAGAAAGAUGUACAAGGUGAUUUUGCAAUACUACAAGGUGAUUUUGCAAUACCGUGCCUAAGCAACUGAAUGAAGACCACAUAUUCUAUAGGGUAUUCAAAGAUAUUAAUAUAUGUUUUCCUUGUUAGAGAGAAAAGGUAACAAAUCUGUUCUAGUAGGAAUUAAGUUGAUUCUUCUUUUAUGUGAUAGUAUAUGUUUCUUGGUUGCUUCCUGUCAUGAACGUUUCGCUUGCUUAAGAAAGGAGGUCUGUGUAUGACUAAAGAAAGAAUGAAACGAAUUUGUGUCCAAAUAAGGAGAGGCUGAAAGUCCCUUGGUGUCAUCAAGGUGGACUUGAGUGCUAUAAAUGUGGAAGGCACAGUUAGAUCUGGGCCAUUACUCACGGUGAAGACUGCUCGCAUUUUAUUUCUGUAACUGAUAUUGUUUGUUAUGAAAAACUUUGUUAAUUAAACCGAAGCCAUCUGUCUAUGACGAUUUGUGAACUUUCUAUUAAAUAAGUCUCUGAGGGAGUUCAUUUAUUAGAAGGAGAUAGUUUACUUUUGAACAAAUCCUAGACCAGCACCCCAGAGCCGGUUCCAACUGAGCCCGGCACGGACACCGCCCAAGGUUACUGAAUACCUAGCAACGCAUUCAAUUUAGAGGAAAACAGAAGGACUGAAAAUUAAAACCAAAAGAGUGAAAAACUAGAACUGUGCAGCUGUGUUUAUUUCUAAUAUUUGCUUAUUGUGCACAUACAAAUCCAAAGUUUAAAGCGUUGCUAUAUCACUGAAUAUAUCAGAAUUUGAAACUCCAUUUGAAUCUUUACGCUACAAGAGGAGAGUGAAAUCACAAUCAAGUGUAGUCUCUUGAACAUCAUGAGAGGAGCUGUUCUGUUUCUGCUGCUGAUCGCUGCCUUCAUCGAAAAACGAGAAUCAUACUGGAUUAAUAAAUAUGAUGCUGAAUUCAAUUUCAUUUGUCCCCAUGGUGAGUCAAUGUCCUACAUAAGAAGCAAACAUCAUAAUUAUUAUGAGGACAGAAUGUGGGGCAUUGACUGUAAAAAGACCUUCAGCUCCCACUCCGACUGUUUUUGGUCCCCCUACGUGAACUACUUUGACGAACCAUUCACCUACACCUGUCCGUCAAACUAUGUUCUUACAGGAAUGGGGAGUUACCAUAGCAACCGACAUGAAGACCGACGAUGGCGAUUUCAUUGCUGUACAGGUAGUGGUCACUGUAAUGGCGACUGUCAUUGGACUACAUAUGUCAAUUGGUUUGAUGAGGAAUUUCAUUGGAAAGUGCCUCACUUUAAUUAUCUAGUGGGUGUUGAAAGCUACCAUCACAAUUAUUAUGAAGAUCGUCGUUGGAGAUACAAGUACUGUGCAAACAACUGUUAAAAAAGUUUCUCACAAAAUCAACUCACAAGUUGAUUUAUUCUUCAGGCCAUUUUCUAUUCAUUUCAAUUAAAGAUAAUUUUUUUCUUAUUUUAUCAAUGCAUUAAAGGGGACAUUUCACAAUACUUUUUUAAAGAUGUAAAAUAAAUCUUUGGUGUCCCGAGAGUAUGUGAAGUUUAAGUUCAAAAUACCAUAUAGAUAAUGUAUUAUAGCAUGUUAAAAUUGCCACUUUGUAGGUGUCAGCAAAAAUGUGCCACUGAUCUCUGCACAAAAUGGCAGUACCAUGGUUGAUUAGUGAACAUUAUGGGGUGGUAUUAUCCUCUUUUGACAUGGUUGAUCUUUUUUUUACAUUUUCUAGUUUGAUAAAAGCACUGGGGACCCAGUGAUAGCAUUUAAAGAUUUUCAUGAUAUGUCCCCUUUAAUAUCACAUAACCAAACAGCAAUGUCAGCACUGCCUUAAUAACAAUCUGAUACUUUUUUGAAAAUUUUGUAUGUGUUCCAUAUCUCUUUCACCGCCAGCGUCUUUUAAAAAAGUUGCCAGCCAGCGCCAGCGUUUUCAUGAUUUUCACAAAAGUUUAAUGCCUUCCAGAAAAUGUUCUUCUUCAAAUAUAUAAACAUACAAUAUACCAAAUGAAAGAACAGACCCUCUGCUUUCAAAAAAAAAAAAAAAAAAAAAAAACAUUUCAUCCUACCUUCAGCAGUUCUUUUGUAAUCAGCUUUUGAAUAUGGGUAGGUUUCUGCAAAAACACCACAUUUUGAGCAAAAAGCAGAGAUAAUUCCAUUUUUGUGACAGACUUUUCAUAGAGAUCCCAUUCAGAGCGAUCUUUAAAACAGACACGGACAUGCAGCCGCUUGCCAUAGGGCAAUACUUUUGGUUUUAAAAAGUUGCGGAAGGGGAUAAUAGCGGUAUUGCGGAAAGACGGAAAUAUCGUCAAUGGCGGGGAAAGAGUUAUAAGGAAAGGGGUGGAGUGGGGGUGCUUUUGGGGUCAAAAUUGUGAAGUUUACCCAAGCAAAUAAAAAAUACUGCUACAUGAAAAGACGGUUCUAUUGUUAAAAAAUAUAAUAAAUGAGUAAGCCACAUUUACUUUGUGUGCAUUGUUGAGGAGGGUGAUUCUCACAAACCAUUGAAACACCACGGCACUAAUGAUUUUAGAUAUAAAAUGUGUAACAUUAAUCAAUUUACCUCUGUGGACCCUGUACCGGGUCCAAAAUUAAUUAUUAUGACUUAAUAUGAAAUGUUUCUUUAAUUUAUAUUGGUCUGUCAUGGACCCAGUACCACAUAUGAGAUACUGUUUGAAAGCUUAGAAUCUUUACUUUCUGCAGAUAUGCAUCACUUUGACAUAUAUUUUACUGUAAGAAAGUUAUUUACACUUAAUUUACACUAUCACCCCGUAUUUUUUACGUAUCAUUUAAUAUUCACAUAUAUCAUAUUUUUCAAGUAAAAAAGUAUUUUUAUAUGAAAAAUGUAUUUUCACACACUUCAGUAAAAUAACAAUAAUAAAGAGAGCAUUCUGUUUU